CUGCGCUGCGCUGCAGGUCCGGUCGUCUCCAUCGUCAGCCCGGACUGAGAGAUGUCUGAGAGGGAUGAGCUGGGAGCAUCGGGUGCAUGUCAGAGCAGCACCGACAUGAUCCAUGUUGCCGUUAACAGUGUCAGUGAGAGUAAAGACUUCACUGUACCACGCGACUGCACCGUCAGACAGUGUGUGUUUUGUGUGUGUACAGCUGAAGCGGGAUCUCUCAGAUCGUGUGGGGGCCUCAGCAGAGCAGCUCCUGCUGAUCCACUCAGGCCGAGUCCUCACAGAGUCUCAGAUCCUGAGUCACCUUAAAGGAAAAAGCGAUUCAGUCAGCCUGUGCAUGAUCCGAAGGCCUCAGUGUUCCUCUGCUGCCGCAGAUCUGUCCUCAGAGACGAACCACCAACAGCUCACCGACGUUCUCGACCCUGAUCAUGACCAACUGACGCCAUCUCCCACCUCUCCACUCUGCCUGGUGGACAGUCUUGGCCUGGCAACAAGCGAGCCUGGCUUCUUCCCUGCACUCCAGCACCAGAUGGAGAAGCAGCUGUUGGACAACCCAGAGAUGAUGCGCCGUAUCCUGGGCAGCCCUUUGGUGCAGAGCUUACUCUCCACCUCCAGCCCCCAGAUAACCAGACAGCUCAUUCUGUCCAAUCCUCAAAUCCAGAAGCUCCUGGAGACAAAUCCAGAGGUGGGAGACAUGCUCAACAACACAGACAUCAUCACAGAGGUGCUGGAGCUCGUCAGAAAGCCUGACAUGAUAGAGGAAGUGAUGCGUAAUGAAGACGAGUUGAAACCGGAGCAGAACAACCCUGAACUCAUCAAUGGUGACUCUGAUGGCUUUGAGAAGACUGAAGCAAAAAUACAAGAACAUGGUCUCAAUCUAUCACAGGCAGGAGGACCCCGAGUGGUGACUAUCUCAUCUGGGAAUCAACAGGCCCCCAAAGGAGAAGGAAACCAGAGCCCGUUCUCCAGUCACUCCACAGAUCCUCUCAGAAAACUGACUGCCACACCCACAGCUGAUCCAAACCCUCAGAGCACUGCCGCAGCUUCAGGCAUGCAGUCCCUGCUGGAGGAGAUCACAGCCAGUCCUGAUCUGAUGGAGAGCCUGCUCUCUGGGCCGUACGUCAGCAGUCUUCUGAACUGCCUCGGCCAAAACCCAGAUCUGGCUGCACAGAUGCUGCUGAGCCACCCUUUGUUCUCUGGGAAUCCUGAGCUGCAGCAGCAGAUGAGACAGCAGCUCCCUCUCUUCCUUCAACAGAUGCAGAGUCCGGAGCUGCUGUCGGCCAUGUUGAACCCUAGAGCCCUGGAGGCUCUGCUACAGAUCCAGCAGGGACUACAGACUCUGGCUGCAGAGGCUCCCGCCCUCAUACCUGCGGCUGGGAUCGGAAACACUGGAGCUAGUGUUGAUGAUGCCCCUGAGCUCACAUCCAACAGCCACUCAGGAAAUUGUCCUCAGGUUGCCACGGUGACAGAGCAGCAGCAGCAGUUUGUGCAACAGAUGCUGCAGGCACUGGCUAAUAAUGGGGUCCAUCGUGAGGAGGCUGAGCUCCAGGAGGAGCUGGAGCACCUGAGCUCAAUGGGCUUCAGAGACAGACAGGCAAACCUUCAGGCCCUCAUCAGCACAGGAGGAGACCUCAGCACUGCCAUACAACAUCUGCUCGGGCUCUGACACGCAUUCAAACACACAUACAAGCACAUUGAUCUGUGCGGACCCCACUGUGCAUUCAGGGUAUACACAUGUUCUGACAUUUGCACAUAAGCACCGUCACUCAAACAUAAUGAUAACUGAUAAGCUGCUUUACAAAAAAUUAAACAUGGAAGCCAUAUUUAUAUUCCUGUACUUCCAUAGUUUUAUUAAUUCCUUAACUUUCCAUACUAACCUGUCGUGUAUACUCAGUUCUAGUAUUAAAGUCACACAGAGGUCAAGGAUGGGGGGUGCAGCUUGCUGACCAGAUUGAAAAGCCCCAUGAGACAAUUUUGUGAUUUUUGGCUCUAUAGAUAAAUAUAAAAUACAUAAUACAAAUAAAAACAGACUUUAUUUAGUUGUUAUGAUAGGACUUAAACUUUUGUUCUUCCAGACUCAACACUUUGGGUUAAUAUAAAGUGGAAAACUCACUUUUAAGCUGUCAGUGACCUCAGUACAGCUACUUAAAUCAUCAAACGCUUAAGUCUUGUAGCAGUUGCAUUGAUAUUCAGAGGUAGGUCAUAUAAUAUAAAUCCCUGUGCAGACACACUAUGACGUUCAAGCCUCUUUUCAUCUUGCCACCUGGACUGAGUCUAAUGAAAACUUUUCACACCCAGAGGAAGUCAGAUGUCCUGGACGCUGACGGAGGACUCACUCUCACAGUCUCAGUCCACAGAUUGAAUCAGGAGCAGCAUCUUUUCUGUUCUGUUUUUCUUCUCUUCUAUCUUGUCCACCACAGGCUGUACAGUGGCCACAUGCAGCAGAUGAUUCAUAAAGUUUGUCUCCAAAGGCAAAAGCUUGAAAGAUGUGUUCAAAAUGGAAAGCUUGACUUUGUGCUUGAAUGUCAAUGUUUAUCUUGAGGCUGCACACAACUAAUCCUCUCAACACACUCUCGGGGAAGUGAGUCCAAAACCUGAAAAAAGAAUGACAACACUGUCUAUGAGUUCCUUUGCUUAGGUGAGUCAUUUCACAAAAACCCUCUUUGAAGAAUCUUUCUCGACAGUGACCAACAGUGUCUGGGGUUUUGAAGUUAUUUUCCUGAACCCCUUAUUACAUAGUGUGUCAUAUGGACUGUGUUUAUUUUGGGUUCUCUUUCAUUAAUUUAACAACAACUGAGCAGCAUACUGCCUCUCAUCUGUGGAUCUGAUACACAAUCAGUAAAAAGUCUU